GUAACAGUCCGCAGACGUUCCCACCCUUGGCCGUCUUGCGCCUGGCCUUGCAAGCGUGGCUUCUGCGCGAUUAGACUGUAGUAUUUGGUCAUCUAUACUCAAGCGGUGGAAGUGUGAAGAAACAGUUAGUUUGUGCAAGGCUCAGGAUUGGUUGAGCUACACGGCUCAUGCCACUAUACCCCAGAAUGAUACUCCGCAACACGCAAUAGUUCCUUGUGGUGCUUCAACCAUUGCGCAGGUCGCAACGAGGACAGAGACACUUUCUCUUGGUUGUCGAAAGGCUUUGCGCGUCUUCAGGUCUUGCGCGAAGCGAGUAAGGGAUUGCGGAGGGCGUGCGAACCCCCAAUCCUUGUUACUGUUAGCCAUUUUGCACAGCUGAGGACUUCGUACCUGAGCCCUUUUGUGGACCAGAUAGCAGCUGAGGACCAUAGGCAUAGGCUUCGGACCUGGCUAACAUUGCCAAUUUGGAAGGAGAAACUGAACGAAAGAUAGAGAAAAGUUCUUUUUCAGGUGACACACAUCCCAUCUCAACGAAAUGUCCAUGUUCACCGGAGAGAUUCUAUGGGCACUGUCCACAGUGAUAUUGCUGAUUGCAGCAACACCAUGCUCAGCACAGCCGGAAUGGCGCGCCGGUAGUUUCCACACGGAUUGCACGCAGACAUGCGGUGGAGGAGUGCAGAUGCGCACCACCCGCUGUGCCACAAAAAGCGGCAAGACCUUGCCCGACAAGGAUUGCGCACACCUCGGUCCGAGACCGCCAGCGUUCAAAGAUUGCAACCGGCAAGACUGCCCUCCGCGGAUAUUCCGCCACGCGUGGUCUACGUGCGUCGACUGCUUUCGCAACCGAACAGUGGAGUGUCGUGUGCGUCAGAACAACGGCUACAAUCGCAUCGUGCCGCUCUCCAUGUGCGGUGUGCGGGACAAAGUUGAGCGUGAUGUCUGCCGUCAUGGUCCUGGCUGCUGGGUGAUCUGGAAAUCACAUGCAUUCCCUUGUUGCCAUGCCAGCGCCGCACAAGGCUAUGCAUGCGUGGAUGAGACUGACAAGAUCCUGCCCGACUGGAUCUGUCACAAGCUGCAGUAUGUGGGCAACUUGAAGAUUCCACAGCCGGCAGCGUGCAUAGCGGAUGCCACGUGCCAACCACCUACAGCAGAGCCAACCACACCACCGACGACAGAACCAGCGACAGAAGCCAUUCACGUUCCAGACAUUGAGGACGCUGACCCCACGGAUCCCGUCGAGAGCAGCAAGACUGUGGUGGUAGGGCUCGGCAAGUACCCGCUCAUACCGAAGACGGAAGUGGUCCCCUUCACCACAUCAAAAUCUUCACUGGACGCAGUCGAUCGUGUCAAUGGUGGAAAGAAGCUUUCAGGCAAGGAUGGUGCUAAGACGUCUUCGGAGGCCGGCUGCACACGGCCAAUUAGUCAGCUACUGGUUGCCAUGACCGGUAUCGCCAUGGCAAUGAUACUACUGGCAUAGCCAGAACAAGUCACUAGCUUGCUGGAAAAACAAUUGCGAUGCAGACCAUGCAGUACACAGGUAGUGCUUACUAUACACACGGCUGCUUCUCAUAGGCCACAAUGACUCGCCAACUCCCUAAUGACAUCAGCACCAGGUUUUAGAGUCAAAGUGUCGGCACGUGCUUAGGUCUCACUGUUAUCACAUAGGGCCACGACAUGAAGAACAAUAAUUAUUAUUGGUCGUAAAAGUCAAAUGAUGUCGUGCACAUAAUAAUUACUUCUUAUCAGGGAGUCGUAAAAUACCGGUAUUUUACAACUCCCUGAUUCUCACUGCUACAGUACCAUCGCAUGCAGAAUGAUUUCUUUACUGUGAAAAUUUCUUUGACAGCACGUCUUCAGGUGAGACUAACAGAAACUUGAGCCAUGCAAUAGUGCAAUCUAGAAAUCAGUACACUAUAGAAAUCUGUACAUGUAAAGUUUUUUUACUUUCUACAAACACUACCAUUCUACAAUUACCUCACAAUACCGCUGUGGAACUGCAAGCGAAUAUUCUCCUUUUGAUCAGAAAUCAAGUACAUAUUCAACUGUGAGGAAAGCCUCUUGCUCUCUCGGCAGCCAGUCAGCAUAGUGAGUCAAUAUUGUUCCGUUAUGUUUCGAAAGCGAAGUUUGUUUCAAUGUCAUUCACUAUGCUGUGCAAUUAUUUUUAUAUCUCAAGUAUAUUUCAGUUCUCAGGGACUAGCUGACUCACCGUCUUUUCCCUUGUCUUUCUCUGUGCCUUUAUCUCGGUCUUCAUCUCUGUCCUUGUCUCGGUCUUUAUCUCUUUUGUGUAUGCUCUGUAAUGUGGUCCUCAGCUACUAGA